GAAACAGGCGGCUCAACAAGCUUUGCAGUUUGCGCCCUUGCUUUUGCAGAAAGUUUCACUUUCCGCCCGCACCGGUAAACGACGCCUCAGACUCAUCAAUAUAGACAUAGAAGCAAAAGCAAAAGAGCCGCCUAAAGCAAUGCCAAAGCCAAGGGGCGGCGGCGGGGGCGCCGGCCGCGGCGCGCGGGGUGGGCGGGGCGGUGGCGGAGGCGGCAACCGUCGCGGCGCCGGCGGCCACCACCGCGACGCCGCCAGCCGGAACGACCAGGCCGUCGAUGCCUGGGAAGACGGCGCCAGCGGCGCCGCCGCCGUGGCGCACACCUCCACCCGCCACGGCGUCAGCGUCGCCGACGACGUCGACGCCAGCGGCAGCGGCAGCGGCGACGACGACGCCGAGGACGCCGACGGCGCCACCGCCGACGCGCCGUCGACCAGCGGCCGCCAGGAGCUGACUGUGGGCGGCGAGCCGACGUCGAACAAACCGAAGGUGCACAAAUUCCCGGUGCAGCUGGCGAUGUGGGACUUGGGGCAGUGCGACCGCAAGCGCUGCAGCGGCACGCGUCUGGCGCGGCAGGGCAUUGUGCGCGAGCUGCGCCUGGGGGUGACCUUCCCGGGAGUCAUCCUGAGCCCCAUGGGCACCCGCAGUGUGUCUGCCGAGGACGCGGCUCUGAUCCGCACCAAGGGGCUGGCGGUGGUGGACUGCUCCUGGAACCGACUGGACGACGUGCCCUUCGGCCGCAUCAAGGGCGCCGCGCCGCGCCUGCUCCCCUUCAUGGUCGCAGCCAACCCAGUCAACUACGGCAAGCCCUGCAAGCUGUCGUGUGCCGAGGCCUUUGCGGCGGCGCUGUUCAUCUGCGGCCUGCGGGACGAGGCGGUGGGGGUGCUGAGCCGCUUCAAGUGGGGCCACUCCUUCUUCUCCACCAACGCGCAUUUGCUGUCGCUCUACUCGUCGUGCGCCACCGCUGUCGACGUCAUCGCCGCACAGAACGCCUACCUGGCGGGCGGCAGCCCCGCCGCCGGGCCCGCGAGCGCCGCGGCCGCACUCGACGUUCUUGAGAUUGCCGCGGCGGGGCGCUGGGAGCGCGGGGCCGGCCGGGGCGGCGGCAGCGACGAGGAGGUGGACGACGGGUAUGAUGAUGAGGAUGGCGGCGAGGGCGAGGAGGGCGAGGCUGAGGAGGAGGAGGAGGAGGAGGAGGCUGAGCCGGAUGAGGCGGAGCUCGAGGACCUCAGGCGGAGGAUGAAUCGUGAGCUGCCGCCGAGCGAGUCGGAGGAGGAGGAAGAGGAGGAGGAGGAGGGGGAGGCGGGGGGCGAGGCGGGGGGCGAGGCGGCGGCAGGGCGGUGAGUGGGUGGAGACCAGGCUCGCAAGGCUCGUGUUUUCGGGGUGCAGGUUCGUGGGUUGACCCCGUGCAAAAUGGAAGCAGUGUGAUGGUUGGUGGGUUCGGCAUAACGGGCGAUACCGCGAUAGGCAGACGAGGCAGCAGCAGCUCAGUGCACAAGCACGGAGAGGGCGUGGGCGCCGUGCAGGCCGUAUAAGGAGUGUGGAGGAUCGUGGGUAGAUAGGCAGCUUUAAUGACAGCCGACAGGUAGCAUCAGCGUUAACACGGGUCGGGGACCCGGGGGUACGAGCCCGCAAGGGCGGUCACGGUGCCGGGUGACGAGGCGGCAGUGGGCUGGCCACAGCUGUCAGGUGGUGGCGGCGUGUGGAGUGCGGGAGGCGUUUGGCCCUCGGCGCGCCUUACUUGCGGGCUGUGACCAGCGGUGGACUGGCGGUUGUGUGCACGUGGUGGGUGGGCCUGACGAAUCGCCGGAGCCCACGACUCAACGAAUGCAACACAUCAGCAAGUAACGAUGUUACCGCGUCACCGGAGUGCAAGGAUUGCAGCGACCGCGAGCUGGAGAAGUCUUAACUCGUAAGGCAGCCUGCCGUGCAUCACGCGCGGGUUACACGCCCGCGGGUUACUUGCGGGUUACUUGCAAGCAGAGGAUGUGUAAUUCUAGGGUCAA